AUGAAGGACAGCGGGGACUCCAAGGACCAACAGCUCAUGGUGGCACUCCGGGUCCGGCCCAUCAGCGUGGCAGAGCUGGAGGAAGGAGCCACGCUCAUCGCCCAUAAGGUGGACGAGCAGAUGGUGGUUCUCAUGGACCCGAUGGAGGACCCUGACGACGUCCUGCGGGCACACCGUUCCCGGGAGAAGUCCUACCUGUUUGACGUGGCCUUUGACUUCACUGCCACCCAGGAGAUGGUGUAUCAGGCCACUACCAAGAGCCUCAUUGACGGUGUCAUCUCAGGCUACAAUGCCACUGUCUUCGCUUAUGGCCCCACAGGCUGUGGGAAAACCUACACCAUGCUGGGCACAGACCAUGAGCCUGGCAUCUAUGUUCGGACCCUCAAUGACCUCUUCCGUGCCAUUGAGGAGACCAGCAAUGACAUGGAAUAUGAGGUGUCCAUGUCCUACCUGGAGAUCUACAAUGAGAUGAUCCGGGACCUGCUGAACCCCGCCCUGGGGUACCUAGAGCUGAGGGAGGACUCCAAAGGGGUGAUCCAGGUGGCUGGAAUCACCGAGGUCUCCACCAUCAAUGCCAAAGAGAUCAUGCAGCUGCUGAUGAAGGGCAACCGGCAGAGGACCCAGGAGCCUACAGCUGCCAACCAGACGUCGUCCCGCUCCCACGCCGUGCUCCAGGUGGCCGUGCGCCAGCGCAGCCGGGUCAAGAACAUCCUGCAGGAGGUGCGGCAGGGCCGCCUCUUCAUGAUUGACCUGGCUGGCUCUGAGCGUGCCUCCCAGACGCAGAACCGUGGGCAGCGCAUGAAGGAGGGCGCCCACAUCAACCGCUCCCUGCUGGCUCUGGGCAACUGCAUCAACGCGCUGAGCGACAAAAACAGCAACAAGUACAUCAACUAUCGCGACAGCAAGCUCACCCGGCUCCUGAAGGAUUCCCUGGGCGGGAACAGCCGCACCGUGAUGAUCGCCCACAUCAGUCCCGCCAGCAGCGCCUUUGAGGAGUCCCGGAACACCCUGACCUACGCCGGCCGGGCCAAGAACAUCAAGACCAGGGUGAAGCAGAACCUGCUCAACGUCUCCUACCACAUCGCCCAGUACACCAGCAUCAUCGCGGACCUGCGGGGCGAGAUCCAGAGGCUCAAGUGCAAGAUCGAUGAGCAGGGCAGGCGGGGCCAGGCCCAGGGCCAGUUGGAGCGGGGUGACAUCCGCCACAUCCAAGCCGAGGUCCAACUGCACAGUGGGCAGGGUGAGCAGGCCGAGAUGGGGCAGCUGCGGGAGCAGCUUAUCAGCGCUUUCCAGGAGCAGAUGGAUGUGCGGAGACGCCUGCUAGAGCUGGAGAAUCAUGCCAUGGAGGUCCAGAUCGACACCUCCCGCCACCUGCUCACCAUUGCCGGCUGGGAGCACGAGAAGUCCCGCAGGGCGCUCAAAUGGCGGGAGGAGCAGCGGAAGGAAUCCUACACCAAGGAUGACAGCGAGAAGGACUCGGACACGGGCGAUGACCAGCCAGACACCCUGGAGCCCCCAGAGGUGGCCUCAGCCCGGGAGAGCAUUGCCAGCCUGGUCGGGGAGCAGAAGAAGCUGCGGAAGCAGAAGCUAGCGCUGGAGCAGCGCUGCCGAGAGCUGCGCGCGCGGGGCCGGCGCCUGGAGGAGACGCUGCCGCGGCGCAUCGGCUCCGAGGAGCAGCGCGAGGUGCUCAGCCUGCUGUGCCGCGUGCACGAGCUCGAGGUGGAGAACACCGAGAUGCAGUCGCACGCGCUGCUCCGGGACGGCGCGCUCCGCCACCGCCGCGAGGCCGUGCGCCGCCUGGAGCAGCACCGCAGCCUCUGCGACCAGAUCAUCCAAGGCCAGCGGCAGAUCAUCGACGACUACAACCUGGCCGUCCCGCAGCACCUGGAGGAGCUGUAUGAAGUGUACCUGCGGGAGCUGGAGGAGGGCAGCCUGGAGCAGGCCACCAUCAUGGACCGGGUGGCCUCUAGGGCCCUGCAGGACAGCUCCUUGCCCAAAAUUACCCCAGCAGGAACCACGCUGACACCGGAGUCUGAGCCGGAGAGUGUGAAGACGCUGAGCUCUGAAGUGCAGCGUCUGCAGAGCAGUGUCCUCCCUCCCCUCAGCCCAGAGAGUGAAGCCAACCGCGUGUUUAAAGCCAGUCCCCGAGCCUGGCAGGUGAAGAGCUCCUCUGUGCCCACCCCACCCGCCAUCCAGAUCGGCGGCCUGGUGACCCAGGAGGCCCCCACUCAGGACAGCCUGGUCAGCCUGAGCAGCCCGAUCAACUCUUCCCCUGACAGCAGCGAGAAUCUGUCAGAGAUCCCCUUGUCCUACAAAGAGAAGAAGGAGAUCCUGACCGGCACCAAGUGCAUCUCGGUGAAGGCUGCUCGGCGGCGCUCGCGGGCUCUGGGCACCGAGGGGCGCCACCUGCUGGCACCCCCCGGGGAGCGCAGCAGCCUGUCUCUGCACUUGCCGACCAAGGCUGACAAUUCGCAGCCACUGGGCCCUCUGGCCUGCAAGCGGCCGCCCAGCCCCACGCUGCAGCAUGCUGCCAGUGAGGAUAACCUGUCUAGCAGCACAGGCGAGGCCCCAUCCCAGGCAGUCAGGCACGGGGGUGAUGGCACCGGGCCCUGGAUGCGUGGCCAGAAGAAAAGCCCAGGCAAGAAACGAGAAGAGUCACUGGAGGCCAAGAAGAGGAAGCGGCGGUCCCGUUCCUUUGAGGUCACGGGGCAAGGGCUCUCCCGCCCCAAGACACACCUCCUGGGGCCCCGUCCUAUGGAGAGCAUCUCGGACCAUAGGGUGCCACUGUGUGGACACCCAGCACUUGGUAUCCGGCAUCUGGGGAAGGUCAUGCUGCCUUUGGCCAAGGUCAAACUUCCUCCAAGCCAGAGCAGAGGCCCUGGGGACUCCCCACCCCUCGCUGUUCCGUCCAACCCAGCUGGUAUUUCCCGACGGGCUGCCCGUGGGCCCCGCCUGGCUCACAGCACAAGCACCCAUGGCAGAGACAUACGCUUCGGGCAUACCUGA